CCAAGAAGCGACUCGCAUAUCAUAUUCAGUAUAGUAAUAAAAAGAAAAAAAAAAGAGUACAAAACAGAAAAUGAACAUAGACGUAAAUCGCAACAGUUACCAAAAUACAUGUAAACUGCGGACCCCACUCGCCUGUUUUCUCAGAUUUUAAUUGGUUUUAAAGCAAUAUAAAUAUCUACAUGGCGUUUCCAAGACCGUUGAUUAGUUUUUUGGUACUAUUUCGCAAGCAUCAGAAUCCCAACAGUUUGGAGAAGAAAAUCAAUUUGACACGUGGCUUAUUUUACACCGUCAGAUGAAAACUCCUUAUAAAUCUCCGGUUUAUCAUAUUAGUCGGUUCUAUGGACCGGCUACUUGUUUGUCAGGUCCCCUGCGUCGCUGUUCAACCGGUGAUAUUUUGUACUAGUAUUAUUUUUCAAUUAAUUAAAUAAAUAAUAUAUUUCGAUAUUUUUGAUAAACUCGUGCAAGUGAACAAACCCCUUUGCUCCGCGUCUGUGUAUAUAAAAGCUCAUCGUCUCACUUUCUCUCUCCGCGUUCCACUUACUUGCCUCUCGUGCUUCUCCGCCUCACCAGUUUCGCCGAGAAAGUUCGAUUUCUAUCGAAAAUUUGGAAUGGGAGUGAAAGUAGCAUACACUUCGCCCUUCCUUCAAUGGGCGGCUCAUUCUUCAUCUCCUUCAAAACGACGUCACAACGCACCGUUUCCAUCCUGUCAGAGACUGAACCGCUCAGCUCUCUUCGGAACUCAUCGCUCCAAGUCCUGCGAGCUUUGGCAACCACCCACCCCCACAAGGACUCAUUCGAUUCGCAGAGUCUCUACCGCAAGCCUAGAUCCCUUCUCCGACGAAGAGUUCUCCAAAAAGAUCCAAGAGCUCACUCUCAGGUUCCACGACGAGAGAGAACAACAACAACAACCGCCAUGGCACGAGAUCGAGAUGAAAGCGAACAGCGUCGACCUUCCUCUCUCGAUUCGUAUAAUAAAGAAGAAGCGAAAAUGGGAGGAAGGAGUCAAGAAGAGCAAGGCCUUCUCCUCGAUGAGCAAAGCCUUCUCCUCGAUGGUGUUCAUGAUCCGAGAGCUCCAGAGCUUCACGCUGCAUAUGAGAGAGGUUCUCUUCUACGAAGACUUGCAAGGGAUCUUGCUUAGAGUUAGAGAAGAGAUGCACGCUUCCUUCGUUUGGCUGUUCCAGCAAGUCUUCUCCGCCACGCCUACCUUGAUGGUCUACGUGAUGAUACUCCUCGCAAACUUCACUGUUUAUUCUAUCAGUACCAACUCUGCUUUAGCCGCAGCCACCGCUCCUCCUCAGAUCACCACCGUAACAGAGCUAACAACCGAUUCGUCGGUUGUCAAAACGUUCUUUGUAUCGUCUCCCAACGGGAACACAGCUUCCGUCGGCGGCAACAACAAUGGCGGCGGCGGGAACGUCCGGCCGGUGUUAAACGGAGCAGAUGGUGAUGAUGGAUCAGAACAGUUUAAGACAAUCAUACCCGAAGGAGUCUCGUCAACGCUCGGGUCAACGACAACAGAGUCAGAGGAGACAUCAGUGUCGGGACAAGACGAACUCAGGCUGUGGAAUUCGGUUGUGGAGGAAGCAGAGGAAAUGCAGUUUUCAAAUACAGACAGUGCACUGUUGGAUCACGAGACGAGGAAGCGGUUCGUGUCUCCUUUGGAUGCUCGAGUGGAAGAAGCGGAUGGGGAGAUUGAUUACUUCAGAACAGAGCUUCUCUACCAAACAGGACUGUCUCAAGAGCCUAAUAAUCCUCUGCUUCUCGCUAACUAUGCUCAGUUCCUUUACAUCGUCUCUAAUGACUAUGACAGAGCAGAAGAAUACUUCAAAAGAGCGGUAGGAGUGGAACCGAAAGACGCAGAGGCCCUGAGCAAAUACGCCACGUUCUUAUGGAGAGCACGGGACGAUCUUUGGGCUGCUGAGGAGACUUUCUUGGAAGCGAUCGAUGCCGAUCCCACCAACUCUUUCUAUGCCGCUAAUUACGCUAAUUUUCUAUGGAACACUGGCGGUGAUGAGACGUGUUUCCCUCUCGACGAGUCUCAGGAAGACAUAAUGUAGUUAAGACCGUCCAUCAUCACGUCUCUCUAAGUAAACAUUCUAUACCAACUAAUAAAUAUAAAUAUGUGCAUAUUAAUGAUGUAUAUGCUUGUUUAUUAUAGUCACGUUGGUGAAAAGCGUUAAAUCCUUAUGGUUGCAAUUGGUCUAGUGAAAAAGACGAAAAUAUUCCAUCA